UCGAAAAAGAAGAUUUGAACGGGACGAAGACAGAGCUCGAAGUACAAAUCGUGUUUGAUCUUCUUUUCCUAGAACAGAGCACUAGUACUAGAAAUAAUAACUACUCCUACUGCUGGCUGCUCUCCACUAGACUUUAAGAAUACACUUCUUCUCGGUAACCUCGUCAAACUUGAAAUAAUCCUCAUUUUAUAUAAAUAAAAACACACGUUCUCCCAACCAUCACAUUUCUUAUUGGUUUAAUCACGCACACAGCUCCACCAUGUCGGCGGCGUAUUACCGCCGCAUCACCGCCGGCGCCGCCCACUUCCGGCAACCCACCAUUCCCACCCCACCGCCACCAGUCCACCUCUCCGAAAAGCUCCUGUUCCCAUCACCACGACAAAUAUCGUUAAGAUCAUCGCAUACACGUCAGUGGCUGAUCGAGGCGGCGCCGGUGGGUCCCCGGCAACUACAAUCAUCGCAAAGCAGCAGCAGCGACGACGAGGUAAACAAGGCGGCGGAGACGCAGAAAAGAGGACAAGUGAAGGAGGCUACGAGGGCGGAGGUGGUGGCGGCGGCGGCGGUCACGGUGGCGUUGGGGGUGGGGAACCGGGUGUUGUAUAAGCUGGCUUUGGUUCCUCUUAAGCAUUACCCGUUCUUCUUAGCUCAGCUUGCUACUUUCGGAUAUGUGCUUGUAUACUUUUCUAUCCUGCAUCUUCGUUAUCAUGCUGGUCUCGUCACCGAUGAAAUGCUUUCUCUGCCAAAAACACCAUAUAUUUUUGUCGGGAUUCUGGAAGCUCUUGGUGCUGUUUCUGGAAUGGCGGCAGGAGCUAUUCUUUCUGGAGCAGCAAUUCCCAUUUUGUCUCAGAGUUUCCUAGGUUGGCAACUUCUCCUCUCAAGUAUCUUCCUUGGGAGGAGGUAUCGGUUUAAUCAGUUAUUUGGAUGCUUUCUUGUGGCAGCUGGGGUAGUUGUAACUGUAGCCAGUGGAUCUAGUACUGGUUCUUUAGUGGAAGCUGGAAUAUUUUGGAGUAUUUUAAUGGUAGUUUCUUUCUUGUUUCAAGCUGCUGACACAAUAUUAAAGGAAAUGAUUUUCUUGGAUGCUGGUCGGCGGCUGAAGGGAUGUUCAGUGGAUCUGUUUGUUGUAAAUUCAUUUGGAUCUGCAUUUCAGGCACUUUUUAUCUGCCUCCUACUACCUUUACUUUCAAAAAUGUGGGGUAUUCCAUUCAAUCAAUUGCCAAACUACCUUCGUGAUGGUGCAGCAUGUUUUUUAAACAUCGGCACUGUAUCAGGAUGUGAUGGCGCCCCAUUGCUACCUCUUCUGUUUAUCGUUGUUAACAUGGGAUUCAACAUAUCCUUGUUGCAUCUUCUGAAAAUAUCUACCGCUGUGGUAUCUUGCCUUGCAUCGACAUUUUCAGUUCCAAUAUCUGUGUUUUUAUUUACGUUGCCACUGCCAUAUCUCGGUGUUGCAUCCUCCCUCCCAUCAGGCUUUGUAGCAGGUGUCCUUGUCCUUGUCGCAGGGAUGCUUAUAUAUGCUUGGACUCCUUCACCAAAUGCCCCGGAAGCUUCAACACUUCGCUUGAGCUAAAGCUUCUUCAUGAAAGGUUGGUCAGCAAAUUGGCAUCUUUAGAUGAGAAAGGGAUGGUUGAAUAAUGUUGUAACACACAACUGUUGUAACUUAGUUCAAGGUUUAUGUCACGUAGACCUUUCCUUGUGAAAUAAAUUUGUCCAUUCGGUGCCAUAGAAGAGUGGUAUAGUGACCGAGUUGCAGAGUCACUCCGUGUCGUGUAUGAGUUGUUGUUGGCCUUUGAGGCUUUGAUACGUUUUGUUCUUUUUAUUAGUAUAGGGAAAGGUAGUGAUAAAUUGAAUCCAUUCCAAGAACUUUUUCAUGGGUGUGGACUGUUUAACCGCCAGGUUAAAACCCCGGCUCUGCUUUUUGAUACUUCUACACUUGUGGAGAUCCGGGGACUGUUUGGCAGUGUUGUUAAAAGGGAAAAUAGAUUUUUUUGUCA